GCUGUUAUUGGCGCUCAUUUGUUGUUGACAAGUAUGUUUUGAUACAAAGGUUAUGUUUUAGAAAAGUAAAAACGCUUAAAAAAAUAUUUUAAAAAUCGUAUAUUUUUGUAAAAACAAAAUGAAGACGUUAGUGAAAUUAAUUAGUAUAUUUAUUACCCUCGAAACAUUGUGCCAUGCUUACAAAAUUGGUUUUGAAUCUUCAAGUUUACCACAUUUUUUAGAACCGGGGAAUACAGUGACAAUUGAAGGUCAAUCGCCAAGUUUACGUAUUUUUUGUCACAAUGCAAAAUCCAAGUAUUUAAUUCACAUGUGGAGAACUGUAUAUAUGAAUUUAGAGAUUAAUUUAGAAAAUUACGAAAUAUACGAUGGCAGAACUCCAAACGAAAUUACAACAAAGUACGAAGAUAAUAGACGAUCCUGGAAUUUUAAUUUCUUUAGUACGAAGAAAAAUAAACAAUUUAGAAUUAAUCCUUUUGAAGAUGCGUGCAUUGGAGUCAAUACUCUUCAUCAUAGUCAUUAUGAAUACAAAAUGUCUAUGUCCGAACAACGCGUCGAUGUAUGGAAAAUUGCUUACAUGAUCCUAGGAAUAUUAAUAUUCUGGUCUGGAAAAAGACUCAGUCAGAAUACAUUAUUUUAUUAUUUAUGUGGAAUCACAUUAGGUGUCACGACUUCAGUCAUUAUACUUAUUUAUUUUGUUGGUAAAUUAUUUCCAAAGGGAAAGUUCAUGUACUUAAUGGUAGCAACUGGCUACACUAUGAGUUUCUACGUUGCUCAACUUUUAUGGGACAAUGCACAGUUAAUUGCACUGCAAUAUCGAGAUUUUGUUUUGUGGUACGUUCUGAUAACUUCUCUUAUAAGUUUCGUUAUUUGUUAUCGAUUUGGACCAAUCACAAAUACAAGAACAAAACGAAUCAUUCAAUGGUUUCUGCAGAGCCUUGGCUUAGUAAUGAUUUACUGUAGCAGUUACUUUUAUGAAGCUUCGGGCUCGUGUUGCGUCCUUGUUCUUAUGCUGUACAAUUUUCCAAUAUUUGCUUUAAAAAAAGGACGAAAAUAUUGUUCAUUAUUUUCGUUUUGGAGAAAGACGUCAAAUUCGAGACGACUUUUGACGGAAGAUGAAUACCAUAAAGAAGGACUCAAAGAAACUAGGAAGGCUCUAAAAGAUCUUCAAGAUUAUUGUUCUAGUCCCGAGUGCAGUCCAUGGAAAACAGUGUUGAAACUGAAGGAUCCUUCAAGAUUUGCAAAAUUUGUCGAAGGCGGCACUCACGUUACUGACGACGAAUCUUUCGAUUAUGACACUUCAAUUGCACAACUCAUUGAAGAAUGUGAAUACACUGACGACGAGGAUGAGGAAUUUUUUAACCCUCGGAUGUGACUUCAAAAAGACUAAAUCGUAUCCUUAAUUAAAUUUUUUUUUUGUCUUAUACACAUUUCUAGUACAAAUCGAAUUUAUGGGGGGAAAAAAAAUUCAACUGGUUAUUAAUAUAAUAUCUUUGUUUUAUUAAUAAUCAAUGCUUAUAAGUGUAAAUAUUAUUUUUAUUAAUAAUUUC